AAUAUGAAAUAAUCAAUUUUUAUUUUUAUUUUUAUUUUUUGUUGUUGUUGUUUUUUGGUUCAUACUUGUAUACUUGCGGAGCCUCCAUUUAGUGUUUGGAUGAGUUGGUUAGUCACUAGCAUGUCCAUUUUUCAAUCAGAGGGCGGCUUAUUGAUUUUUGAAACUUUGGAUUAUUUUUACUGAAAGUAUAGCUUUUCAUGGUUGUGUUUCGAUAGAUAACUCAAAUUCAUUAGGGGUGUGCUGUGAUCUAUAUCAUCGCUGAAGUUGGACUACUUUGGAUUAAAUGGGUGUUUCUCAAAACAACCAUGAUUUGGGGGAUGGAACUGUGGAGAUCGGCAUGGAGUAUCGAACUGUAUCUGGAGUUGCUGGACCAUUGGUUAUCCUUGAUAAAGUUAAGGGACCUACGUAUCAGGAGAUUGUUAAUAUCCGUUUGGGAGAUGGCACUACUCGACGUGGUCAGGUUCUAGAAGUUGAUGGGGAGAGAGCUGUUGUUCAGGUUUUCGAAGGAACGUCUGGAAUCGACAACAAGUUUACUACCGUGCAAUUUACAGGAGAGGUUUUGAAAACUCCCGUCUCUUCGGACAUGCUUGGACGUAUUUUUAAUGGUUCUGGAAAACCCAUUGAUAAUGGCCCCCCUAUUUUACCUGAGGCUUACUUGGAUAUAUCUGGGAGUUCUAUCAACCCUAGUGAGAGAACAUAUCCUGAAGAGAUGAUACAGACAGGGAUAUCUACGAUUGAUGUCAUGAAUUCGAUUGCUAGAGGACAAAAGAUCCCACUUUUUUCUGCUGCUGGUCUUCCCCAUAAUGAGAUUGCUGCUCAGAUAUGUCGUCAAGCUGGUUUGGUCAAGCGACUGAAGCAAACUGAUAAUCUUCUUGAGGGUGGGGAAGAAGACAACUUUGCUAUUGUGUUCGCAGCCAUGGGUGUAAAUAUGGAGACUGCACAAUUUUUCAAACGUGAUUUUGAGGAAAAUGGCUCAAUGGAGAGAGUGACCCUCUUUCUAAAUUUGGCAAAUGAUCCUACAAUUGAACGUAUUAUCACUCCACGUAUUGCACUUACAACUGCUGAAUAUUUGGCAUACGAGUGCGGAAAGCAUGUCCUUGUCAUCCUUACUGAUAUGAGUUCUUAUGCUGAUGCUCUUCGUGAGGUAUCUGCUGCUAGAGAAGAAGUACCUGGAAGGCGUGGGUAUCCUGGGUAUAUGUAUACUGAUCUUGCAACAAUCUACGAGCGUGCAGGACGAAUUGAGGGGCGAAAAGGCUCCAUCACACAAAUCCCAAUUUUGACUAUGCCAAAUGAUGAUAUUACACAUCCGACUCCUGACCUUACUGGAUAUAUUACUGAGGGACAGAUAUAUAUUGACAGGCAACUCUACAACAGACAGAUAUACCCUCCAAUCAAUGUCCUCCCAUCCCUGUCUCGACUGAUGAAGAGUGCUAUCGGUGAGGGGAUGACCCGUAGGGAUCAUUCUGAUGUAUCCAACCAGCUAUAUGCAAAUUAUGCAAUUGGGAAGGAUGUUCAGGCAAUGAAAGCUGUGGUCGGAGAAGAAGCACUUUCUUCUGAGGACUUGCUAUAUCUGGAGUUCUUGGACAAAUUCGAGAGGAAGUUUGUGGCACAAGGAGCCUAUGAUACACGUAAUAUUUUCCAGUCACUUGAUUUAGCUUGGACACUGCUUCGCAUCUUCCCCCGUGAGCUUCUCCACCGUAUACCUGCAAAGACCCUUGACCAGUACUACAGCCGGGAUGCAACUAAUUAAUGGUGGAAAAUCAUACUUGUGUCCUAUUAAGCUACUUAUUAGCAGCACAUGAGCUCUGUAAUUUGUUUAUUCAUUUGCGUUUCGUUGGUAGAUUGCAUCUUCUUCUGUCCGGUAUGAGUAAUAAGGCUAUUGUCCACUUGAGUCCCCCAAAGCUUUUGGACUAGUAUAAAGUGAGACCAAGAUUCUUUCAGUGAGGACAUUUAGAUGUUGUAAUUUCUGUACUCUCUAUUUUAAUUUAUUAGUCUGUGCCACCUAGCUGUGGUUUGGUAUGGCCUUGACUCUUUGGGUGAAGUUUUCCGCAACAAUUAGGGCUUCUAGGAUUUGUAAAGCCCAUGCCAUAUAUGCUGCUUUUUAGUCUCAUCUUUGUAAUUUGACAUUUUUGUUUUUUCGUUUUGUGAAGGAAUACAGUUAUGCUUGAAGUCUGUA